GUACAAAAACAUGACGGGCUGCGGCUACAAACACACCACAUGGUAGCUCCUCCACGCCGUCGGCCGCUUCAGGGACGCCAGCAGGCCUCGGACUAUCCGCUUCUCCUCCCGACCCCUCCUCCGAGUUCAAGCUAAACUCGCGAAGCCUCCGCGUCGGAAACUGCUCGCUCGUGUAGACUGACACGUCCUGAAGUCGUGAGUUUGCGUGAUUUUAGUGAGUUUGUAGCAGCAGUCUCCACUCCGUGUGCAGCGGCCAGCAGCUAGCAUGUCGACUGGUACGAGUCAAGUGAAGAGCUGCCCCAUCCCCACCAAGGUGCUCACCCUGAAGGACUGGUCCCAGCUACCGGACUGCUACAGCCAGACCCCCGGGGGAACCCUCUUCUCCACCACGCCUGGAGGCACCCGCAUAAUCUACGACAGGAAGUUCCUCUUGGAUUGUCGGAACUCCCCCCUCGCCCGGACCCCCCCUUGCUGUCUGCCCCAGAUCCCAGGGGUGACAAUACCCGCCACGCACCCCAUGGGGAAGCUGCAGGACCUCAAAGAGGAGGCAGAGGAGGAGGAGAAAGACAUUGCAGAUGACAGCCAGUUCGAGAUGGACAUCUGAGCUGCAGUAUUACCUCCUGUGGAGAGUUCUAAGUUAAAACACCUCCAAGGUCAUUGAUGACUGUUAUGCAUUACACAAAGUUUUUUUUUUUUUUCCUAAAUAAAGCUUCUUUGAGGAACCAGGAAGAAUGAGAAGAUGAAACUGUAGGGUGUAUUUUUUUUUUCCACCCUGAAAGUGUGUUAAGCCAAUGAAUUGUCUUGUUUGUAUUAAAUGGGUUGAUUGGUUGCUCACUCACUUUGGAGCUGCAGCAGGAUUGGAAAAAAAAUCCAAUUUGAUUUAACUUUUUUUUUAAUCUUUUGUAAAUAAUAAACUUGUACUAUGUAGCCUUUUUUAAGUUGGGAAAUCUGAUUGUCACAUUGUGACAAUGUAAAGGAUUUUUUUUUUUCCAGUGCAGACGUCAGUUUUUGUUUUGUUAUAUAUCCCCUCCCCAAAGAGACGGGCCAGGUUUGUUUGUGACAGAACAAGUGCCUUCUUCCAGUGGGGGUUUCAGGGCUUUGUGAUAAUACAGCUCCUACUUUGUUUUUUACGGAGGGAGAGAAGAAAUGUGAAACAAAAAAAAUUAAAUAAAAGCUGUAAAAACAAUC